CUUGUUGAUUUCCGAAGGACCCGUUACAGCUCCAACAUGGCGGCGUCCUUAUGGGUGUGCAGUGCCCUCCGCAUCACACUCGGAGGCGCAGCAUCACUCCGUAGUGCCGUGGGAGUUGUUCAAAUCUCUCACCUGACCUGUCGAGCCUCAGCAGCCUCUCUGCAGAGGCGCCCAGAGUUUCUGUUGAACCAAUCAACAACCUGGCAGCAGAGCAGACACAGCAGUUUCUUCAGCAAAUUGACGGCUGAGGAGCUGUGGAGAGGUGUGAUGGCAGAAACUGGAGCCGGAGCCAGAAAGGGAAGAGGGAAGCGAACCAAACGCAAACUGAAGCGAGACCUCAAUCGAGGACAGAUCGUUGGAGAAGGUCGGGGUGGUUUUCUGUGGCCCGGUCUGAAUGCUCCUGUACUGAAAGACGGCGCUGUGCAGAGCCUUGGCCGAAGAGGCAAUGCUGAGCAACAGGAGGUUCAAGCUGAACUGGCGCAACAGAGGGAUGAGUGGGAGAGGAGGAGGAGGAUGAAGGUGAAGAGAGAGAGAGGCUGGACCGGAAACUCCUGGGGGGGCAUCAGCCUGGGGCACCCUGACCCUGGACCCAAUGGAGAAACAUAUGAAGACUUUGAUUCUCGAGUCAUUGAGGUGAAGAGCGUGUUCAACAUGACGGCCAAAGAGGGCAGGAAGAGGUCCAUCAGCUGUUUGGUCGCUGUAGGGAAUGGCAACGGAUUGGCAGGCUUCGCUCUGGGGAAAGCAGCAGACAGGCAGGCAGCUCUAAGGAAGGCCAAGAACCGAGCCAAGCGCCAUUUGUACCACAUAGAACGAUACAACGACCACACCAUUUAUCAUGACAUCGACUCCAGGUUCAAGAGGACAACGCUGCGAAUGAAGAAGCAAAACGAGGGUCACGGUCUGCACUGCCACAGGGCCGUCAUCACUCUGUGCAAGCUGAUCGGCAUUAAGGACAUGUACUGCAAAGUGGAGGGGUCGGUCAAUCUCCUAAACAUCACACGGGCGUUCUUCACUGGGUUGGCCAAGCAGGAAACUCAUCAAAUGCUGGCCAACAAGAAGCAGCUCCACGUCGUGGAGUUCCAGUCUCACCGAGGCCCGCUGCCUGUGGUGGUGGCCAGCCCUAAAGACGGAGCACGUCCCAACCCGGAGUCCGAGGACGAGAUCCCCAACACCAAGCUGCACUGGGACGACGUUCGAGCCGCGCAGGGAAUCAAACGCUCCAUCUGGUCAGGAGUGAAGCGCACCGUCUGGUAGAGCAGAGCGCAGGAUGGAGGGUUGUUUGAUGCUGUCUAUAAGGAGGAGGGUCAGAAAGCUGCAAGGACAUAUGGAGCUUUUUCUGUCUUUUUUACAGAACCAUUAACAUGGAUUGUUAAUGUUCGCAAUUUAAAGUGGAUUCCCCGUUUAAAUGAAUAAAGUUUAGUUAAAAUAAAAUAUAACCACUCUGGAAAAACAAACAGA